AUGCGCUUCUUGAAGCUCCUCCCCUUCCUGGCCACGGCGGCCUUCGCCAACGUCGACGACCCAGCUGCCGACAAGGCCCAGUCGCACAAUGAGUUUGCGCUCUUCCGCAGCGCGAACAUGAACGGAGCCGACAAACUGUCCACAGGCGUCGGCUUCCACUCCUUCCGCAUCCCUGCUGUGGUCCGCAGCAAGUCCGGCCGCCUCAUCGCCUUCGCCGAGGGCCGCCGCUUCAACGACCGCGACUUCGGCGACAUCAACCUCGUCUACAAGCGCACCAAGUCCACUGACGGCGUGGGCAAGGCCAUCGACGACUGGGAGGGGCUGAGGGAAGUCGUCGGCGCCGGCGACGGCACAUGGGGGAACCCGGCCCCCGUCGUCGACGACGAUGGCACGAUCUAUCUCUGGAUGAGCUGGAAUAACGGCAGUUACUCGCAAACCGGUCUCCCCCUGCACGACGGAACCCCGACAAAGCCCAUCGACGACACCUGGGAAGGCCGCCGCCACCUCUUCCUCACCUACAGCAAGGACGAGGGCGAGACCUGGUCCGAGCCUGAAGAUUUCACAAAGGCACUCACCCCCGAGGGACGGACCUGGGACGCCGUCGGGCCCGGUAUCGGAAUCCGCCUCACAUCUGGCGAACUCGUCAUCCCCGCUCAGGAACGCAACCUGAUCGGCCGCGGCGAGCCAGGCAAGCGCGAGUGGACCGCCCAGGACGUCCCCGGGGCCGGGUCGGAGGGUACGAUCGUCGAGCUCCCCAAUGGACGGCUCCAGCGCAAUGACCGCAAGUCCGGCGGAUACCGCAUCAUCUCGUAUGGCAGUCUUGCCGAUGGCUUCGGCGAGUUCAAGGAGGAUACUGGGCUCCCCGACCCCGGAUGCCAGGGUUCCAUCCUUAGCUAUAACCGCGGCGAAGACCUGAACCGCACGAUCUUCAUGAAUGCUGCCGAUGCCGAGACCCGCCGCAGCAUGCGCGUCCGUGUGACGUAUGACGAUGAUGCCAGGAAAUACAACUACGGCCGCAAACUGGAAGAUGCCCCAGUGCCGAGCUCGGGUCAUCAGGGUGGGUACUCGAGCAUGGUAAAGACCGGCGAUUACCACAUUGGUGCGCUUGUCGAGAGUGAUUUCUUCAAUGAUGGGAGCAAUGGUGGCUCGUACCGGACUAUUCUCUGGCGCCGGUUCAAUCUCUCUUGGGUCUUGCAUGGGCCGAACAACUAG